AUGUAUUUCUACAACGGACGUCAAAAAAGUAGCAGCGACGGUAACGUUACCACUAGCAUCCUGACGCUAACUCCGACAGUAGAAGAUGCUGGCUCCACUCUAGCCUGCAGAGCGACCAACACUCACCUCCCAGCUACUAUCAUAGAGGACUCUUGGGUGCUGGAUGUUCACUAUUUGCCAAUUGUUUCCCUGGAUCUCGGGACCAGUUUGAACGCUAGCAGCAUCCGAGAAGGCAUGGAUGUUUACUUUGAGUGCACUAUUCGAGCCAACCCUUGGGUUCGUAAGGUCUCAUGGAUACACAAUGGAAAAGAAGUGGAAAACAACGCGGCAGCUGGUAGAAUAGUGAGCAAUCAAACGCUGGUCCUGCAGUCCGUGUCAAGACGUGCCACAGGGCUCUACUCAUGCGUGGCUUCCAACUCCAUCGGACAGGUUGAGAGCAAGCCUUUCGAUCUUGAUGUUAAAUUUGAACCACAUUGCCGAAGCAACCAACAGAAGGUGUACGGCGUGGCCCGUCUUGAAGAGGUGACGGUAGCAUGCGCAGUAGACGCCAACCCAACAGCUGUUUGGUUCCGAUGGUCCUUCAACAACUCAGCUGUUCAGUCAAGGCCGGUGCAAGGCCUUGAAGCUGCAGCUGGCCGCAGUCUGGCCAACUACAGGCCUUUGACCGAGACCGACUACGGCACGCUGCUCUGUUGGGCUCGGAACUCGCUAGGCUCCCAAGCGGUGCCUUGUGUAUUCCAUAUUGUGCCUGCAGGUAAACCAGACGCGCCCUACAACUGCUCAGCGACAAACGUGAGUCAGACUUGGGCGGAAGUGCGGUGCUCCCGCAGUUUUGACGGCGGUCUACCGCAGGUGUUUGUGGCGGAAGUGCGGACGGAAACCGCUUCCGCGUCGCGGCAAGAAACGGCUAGCGGGACGCGAUUGGCGGCAAAUGUGUCCAGUCGCGUACAACCGGUGUUCGCGUUGAGGGGCCUCCUGCCGGGUGCCCGACACACGGUCACUGUGUACUCGAGCAACGGCAAAGGUCGAAGCAGUGACCAAGCGGUGGUUGUACUGCAUACGCUCGGUGAUACGUUGCAUCAGCACCAACGUACUUUUGACGAAGGACUGUCAGGCAGCGACCCGCUGCUGUUUGGCGCGUUGGCGGGCGUAGCGCUGCUGUCCGGUCUGCUAGCUUUGCUUGCGGUCCGCACUGUACGCAGGCGACGCCGCAGCCGACGCAAGCGGCCGGAGGGGGCUGCGGCGGGGCAGGGUGGGAGAGGGGUGAAGGUGUUGGAAAAGUCGCAAUCAACGCAAAUCACAACCACGACUUCACUGGAGGACGACAGGAACCCUGACGUCAUUCCUCAGACUACUGAUAUCGAGAUGACUCCAGUUGUAAGUGUGCUGAAAACCGACUUCAAGCCCGUGAGUGAGGUGGUGGGGGGAAUUGGUAGAGCCCCUCCCCCCAGCUGGGAGAGCAGCAGUAUAGUGGUAACUCUGCCCCCUCAACUCCAAUACCAGGUGCCUAGUUUCGGGUCAGCUACGGUACCCAGGCAUAUUGACAGUCUGAGUUUGGAAGGGGGCAGCACGACAGGUGGGGCAGAGCAGUGGGUGCUGGGGGGGUGUUGGCCCGGCUCAGGCAGUCAACAGGUGUUGAUCGGCUCUCAUGCCAACACUAUGACGUCGACAUUACAGCCACAGCGCAACGCGGAAACUCAGACGCCGUUGGAGAGCUCUGUCUAGGUUUAACACCUAGAACCACUGAACCUAGAGCCCUGAAGAAGGAAUUCAACGAUAGCAUGAUAUUCAACAUGUGAAACUGCUUCUUCCCUGAUACAGUGCAAUGGAUAUCUGUUGUGAUCGAAUAGUUCGGUGCAGUUUCUGUGAACUUUCAACCCCAUCAAGGUGUGGUUUAAACUUUUUUGAAAUGGAAUUCUGGAUUUAGAAGCAGAAAACAAGUCCGAAAAUCUUUGACAACCAAGUCAGUUCAUCCUAAUUAGUUUGAAGUAUCAAAAUGAGCCUCAUAAUACAGCCAGUGAAAAUAUAAUUAGUCAUAUAUGGAGAACAAAAAUCUUAAAAUCACUUUACUUGUAUGUGCUACUGUAUUAAAUUAUUAAAAACAAUAUAAAAACAUGAAGCACCAUAGCCUACUAUAGGUAGCUUACCUACUUAUCUAAAGUAAGCCAUGGAAGUACCCCUUUAUUUACAAAAUAAAUUUUUGAAAAAUGUCCACUAAUCUGUUUUGAAAUAGGGCUAUCUUGAAUAUUUGAAGUAUCUUGGUCAUAUUAUAUGAUUAAAUAUAUUACAUCAAUUAUAUGAUUGUUUAUUGAUUAAUCUAUCUGUAUUGUACUGGUUUCAAUUUUAUUAUAAAGAACUGUAUCAAUUCUAAAAUCAUGUUAAAUAUAAUGAGGAAGGUUUGAACUCGAGGCUACAGCACAAGAUUUCUUUUUCAAGCCUUGCCAAUUAUUCAACAAAAAAUUAUUUAUUUAUUUUCUUGUAACACUGUUGUUGAUUGGUCAAUAAAUGUUAUUUGAUUUGAAUUAAAGUUUAAAAUGUUUUAAAUGAAAGGGUACUUCAUGUUUUUAUAUUGUUUUUAAUAACAAAAAUCUUGUAUACUUACGGUGAAUCUUUUGGUGACUGUCCUUAUAUAGGUCAUUUCAUGACUUGAGUGUUUCACAGUGCUUACUGAUAAUGUUUGCAUUUGGAAUUGUUUGGAAUUUUCCAAAUUGCAUUUGGAGUUUUGUCAGUAAAGAAUAUAUACACAUAGAUGUAUAUAUAUAUAUCCUACGGUACAUACAUUUAGCAUGUGCAUACUAUUAUGUAUUAUGUUUGAGACAUAUCAAUAAGUGUUGAGAGACCACUGAACCACAAUAAUUGAUUUCAUUUCAAAAUGUUUUGGGCACAUAUUGUUUACUUUAUUGAUAUUGUUAGAUAAUUAUGGAAAUUAUUGAGAUAUUGCAAUAAUUAUUCAAAUGCUAAUGAAUUAUUUAUAAUUAUGUACGGAAAUCCAAAUUAAAUGCUGUAAAUCAUCCCGAAGACUUCUGCUACUGCA